UUGAAAAAAAUCGGAGAUGCAAAAGUCAAAAGGUGUCCGACUUGGCGUGGAAUGCCCCAUAUAUAUGUCGUAGGCAAGUAGAAGAAUCAGGCAUCAGCAAAAAAAUUACAGAUUUGAAUUUUUUUAUUGAAAUUAAUAAUUAUCUAUUAUUAUAAUAAGAUUUGUAAUUACCAGGGACCGUCUCAAAAGUUAAGUGUCGUUUUAGUUUCUAAGUUGACACGAAACUAAACAAACAAAAUUAUAUUAUAGUUUCGUGUCGACUCGAAACUAAAUUAACGUCUAAAUAUUUUAGUUUAAUAUCAAAUUGAAACUGAAUAAACUGAUUAAAUUAAGUUUCGUGUCGACUCGAAACAAAAAAUUGAAAAACAUAAUUAUUUAGUGUCAAUCACAGAAAAAUUAUUGUUUCCUUUGACUUACGUAACUCGAGCAACUUAAGUCUAAUGUAACUAUUUAAUGUAACUUAUUAAUGUAACUUACGUAAUGAAUGAAACUUACGUAUGUUACGUAAACAGAGUAAAUUACGUAAGUUACGUAACUAGAAUCUCUUACGUAAUUAUUGAAACUUGCGUAAGUUGCGUAACUAGAGUAAAUUAUCUAUUUAACAGAAUUUACGUAAGUUACGUAAUUGAUUACAGUUACGUAUGUUAUGUAAACAGUAAAUAACAUAAAUAAAGUAACUUACGUAAAAAUUUAACUUACGUAAGUUACGUAACUAGAAUGUCUUACGUAAUUAUUGAAACUUGCGUAAGUUGCGUAACCAGAGUAACUUAUGUAUUUAACAGAACUUACGAAAGUUACGUAAUUAUAACAACUAACGAAAACUUGCAUAAUUUGUCUAGUUACGUAACUUACGUAAGCUGUAUUUCUUACUCAAGUUACUUUAGUUAUGCUAUUUACUUUGUUUACGUAACUUACAUAAGUUGUUCUAGUUACGUAACUUACGUAAGUUGUUUUAUUUACGUAACUUACGUAAGUUGUUCUAGUUACGUAACUUUCGUAAGUUGUUUUAUUUACGUAACUUACGUAAGUUGCUUUAGUUACAUAACUUGCGUAAGUUGUUCUAGUUAUGUAACUUACGUAAGUUGUUCUAGUUAUGUAACUUACGUAAGUUGUUCUAGUUACGUAACUUACGUAAGAUACUAUAAUUACGGAAGUUCCCCUAAAUACGUAAUAUAUUCUAGUUACGUAACUGACGUAAGUUCUAUUUCAUACGUAAGACAUUCUAGUUACGUAACUGACAUAAUUUCUAUUUCUUACGUAAGUUACUCUAGUUACAUGAUUUACUCUGGUUCAUAUAAGUUACAUUAAUUAAUAAUUACUUAAGUUGCUCGAGUUACGUAAGUCAAGUGAAACAAUUUUUUUGUGAUUGACACUAAAUAAUUAUGUAUUUUUCAAUCUUUUGUUUCGAGUCGACACGAAACUUAAUUCAAUCAGGUAAUUUAUUUUUGAGUCGACACAAAACUAAAUAGUUUGAAAUACAUUUGUUUUUGGAUUAUUCAAGAACUAAAACGAAAGUAUAAUUUUCUAUUUUGUUUCGUUUUAACAUCGGUCUCUGGACCAACGAAGCUAUUGGCAAUAUUUUUCAAUGAAACAAAUUCAGUGUCUAGUGCAGAAUGUUUAAAGGAUCUUUCAUCUUACAAAAUUGGUUUACAACGAGAAGAAAAAUGGGCAAAAACGAUGUUAGAUUCGUCCACAAAAGUACCAUCUGGCAUUUUAGCAGCAAAUAUCAUUGACUUCGGAUGGUUUGAUCAGUGUAUGUCAGUGCAAGUCAUCAAAGAUGGAUCCAAUAUUCUCGGCAAUCAUUGCACUUACACCCUCUAUUUUUCCUACAAAAAUCAAUCAAUUUACAUUAAUCCAAUUAUGUCCAUUUGUUUACCUCUCUCGUGUACGGAAAAUGACUUGAAUCAAGUUCUUCAUAAGCGACUAGAGGAAGUGGACGGAUAUCAGAAAUACCAAAUUUGGAGUAAUGAGGUCCUCUGUUCCACUGCUCCUUCACCAUCAAUAAAAACUGGAGCUGUCAUUUUUAUAACAAUUAGCACUGUUAUUGUAGUUAUACUACUAAUUGCUACAAUUCUGGAUCUAGCUACAAUUAAAAGGAACCAAUGGAGUAAAUUUUCAAAAAGAAUCUGCAAAUUUUCGAUUAGGAAAUACUUUACAAAUAUCAUAAGUUUGAAAGAUGGGGAUAAUUCAAUUUCUGUUUUACAUGGCCUAAGAGCCACUAGUACACUAUCAAUAGUAAUGGGUCACGGUUUACUUAUGAAAUCCUUUCAGUCAAUUGCAAAUCCCUUGGAAUUUAUGGAAAAUCCUCCACACAUAAUGAUACUUGGGACAUUUGUCAUUUAUAGCGUUGAGACAUUCUUCACGAUUAGUGGCUUUUUGGUCUCAUACAUAUUUUGCAAAAAAUACAUGUCGUCUACAAAAAAAUUCAAAUUAUUCUCAUAUUACUUGCAUCGUUACAUUAGAUUAACUCCUGCAAUUGCUGCUCUCCUGUUUUCAUCAAUGUUCUGUACUUACUUGUUUAUUUCGGGACCCAAAUUUAGAAAGAUAUCUAAAGACUUCAUAGCUGAAGCAUGUGAAGAUAAAUGGUGGUCAGUACUCUUAUACGUUAACAAUAUGGUCGAUAAGGAUAAAUACUGUAUGGCCCACUUAUGGUCUACAGCUGUAGAUUCACAAUUAUUUCUGAUAUCUCCAAUUAUUCUAAUACCCCUUGUCAAGAGACCGAAAUUUGGUUUAUCAUUUUUGGGUUUGUUGAUUAUUGUUUCUAUUAUAAUUCCUGCUGUUAUCACUGCCGUCAAUGAGUAUCCCUUCUUUAUAAAUCAUGAAGUAGGAUUUGAACGUAUGAUGGAAUCUUUUAGAAAUUUAUAUACGCAAACUUAUGCGAGAGCAAGUCCUUGGCUUAUUGGAGUUCUUCUUGGUUAUAUAGUUAAUAAAUCGACAAAGGAUCUAACGAAGAAUACAAUUAUCUUUUGGUGGACAUUCACAAUAAUUUCUUUUUUAUUUUGUUUUAUUGGAUUAACAUCGUUCUACCUGAAUGGCUAUAAAUACAACGUAAUAUGGGAAUCUAUUUAUUGCUCAUUAUCCCGACCAUUGUGGUCAAUUGGAAUAUCUUGGAUUAUUUAUGCCAGUAUUCAUGGUUACGGAGGAAUAGUAACAAAAUUUUUGUCACUACCCAUUUUUUAUCCAAUUAGUAGAUUGUCAUUUUGUAUAUAUUUAGUUCACAUCAUGAAUGAGGCAUUACAUUAUCAAACGAUAAGAACGCCCAUAUAUUUUACAAUAUUUUCUACAAUUUCUGAAUUAAUUGUCGACAUUGUUGAAGCAGUAAUUAUUGCCUGCUUCUGGAGUAUCAUUUUUGAAUUACCAGCUCAGACUUUGGAAAAAAUAUUGUCGGGACGUAACAAAAGAUAAGAUUUAUGAAUAUAUUUAUUUAUUGUUAUAAAUUUGUAAAUUAUAUUAAUAA